AUGGCGGCCAAGUCGGACGGCAGCGGCGCCGGCAUCGGCUUCGCCCAGCUGCACAACCUGGACGACCACCACCACCACCAGCAGCGCGCCGCCGCCGCGGCGGGCCAGGGCGGCUGCGGCGGCGGCGCGGAGGACGAGGCCGGCGGGAGCAGCUCCAUGCACAUUUGCCAUUGCUGCAACACGUCAUCGUGCUACUGGGGCUGCCGGAGCGCCUGCCUGCGGAGCCUGCUGGGCCGGGCCGGGGGGGCGGCGGGCCGGGCCGGCGGAGGCAGCGACCCGCUGGCGCCGGGCGGCGGCGACGGGCAGCCCCCCUCGCCGUCGGCGGCCGCGGCGCAGGCGGGCGAGCGCCCGUGGCUGGACUGCCUGUGGAUCGUGCUGGCGCUGCUGGUGCUGCUGGGCGACGUGGGCACGGACCUCUGGCUGGCCCUGGACCACUACGGCCGGCGGGACUAUCUGUGGUGCGGCCUCACGCUGGCCUUCGUGCUCCUGCCUUCCGUCCUGGUGCAGAUCCUCAGCUUCCGAUGGUUCGUGCAAGACUACACCGGAGGAGGCCUGGGGGCCGUGCAGGGCCUCACCAGCCGCGGGCCUCCCAUGAUGGGCUCCGUCGGAGGGGGCAGGAGGGCCGGGCCGGGCCACCACGCCGGCACCCCCGGAGCGCAGCGCCUCUGCAGGCUCUCCGUCUGGAUCUGGCAGUCCGUCAUCCACCUGCUGCAGAUGGGACAGGUCUGGAGGUAUAUCCGAACCAUGUACCUGGGGAUCCAGAGCCAGAGACAAAAGGAACACCAGCGGCGCUUCUACUGGGCUAUGAUGUACGAGUAUGCAGACGUCAACAUGCUGCGCCUCUUGGAGACUUUCCUGGAGAGCGCCCCCCAACUGGUGCUACAGCUCUGCAUAAUGAUCCACAAGAACCGUGCAGAAACCUUACCAUGUGUAUCCUCUGUGGCCUCCCUGAUGUCCCUGGCUUGGGUGCUAGCCUCCUAUCACAAGCUUCUCCGGGACUCUAGGGAUGACAAGAAGAGCAUGAGCUACAGAGGGGCCCUUAUCCAUCUCUUCUGGCGCCUCUUCACCAUCUCAUCCAGAGUUAUCUCUUUUGCCCUCUUUGCUUCCAUCUUCCAGCUCUAUUUUGGGAUCUUUGUCGUGGUCCACUGGUGCGCCAUGGCCUUCUGGAUCAUCCAUGGUGGGACAGACUUCUGCAUGUCUAAAUGGGAGGAGAUUCUCUUCAACAUGGUGGUAGGGAUCGUGUACAUUUUUUGCUGGUUUAAUGUCAAGGAAGGGCGGACCCGAUACCGAAUGUUUGCCUAUUACACCGUAGUCUUGACAGAGAAUGCUGCCUUGACGCUCCUUUGGUAUUGUUACAGAGAUCCCAACACUACUGACUCAUUCGCCGUGCCAGCACUUUGUUGCGUCUUUCUUAGCUUUGCUGCCGGGAUAGCAUUGAUGCUCUUAUAUUACGGCGUCCUGCAUCCCAUGGGGCCAAGAGCUAAGAUUUUUGCCAGCUCCUGUUGCGCCGAGCUGCUCUGGGGCAUUCCUUUGCCCCCUGAUGUUGAACCCAUGGCUCCUCAAACCCCUGGGUACCGGGCGGCCCAGGCUACGCCAACCAGAGCGGCCACGGAGCAACAGGAGGAACUCACAGCUGACACUUGCUUGCCAGUUUUCCAAGUGAGAGCAAUGGUGCCAUCAACUCCAUCUGGGCGACCCUACCACCCUGAAGGCCCUCUCAUUAAGAUAGAUAUCCCGAGAAAGAGGUACCCAGCUUGGGAUGCUCAUUUUGUAGACAGGAGGUUGAGAAGGACUAUAAACAUCCUCCAGUAUGUCACCCCCACCGCUGUAGGAAUUAGAUAUAGAGAUGGACCUCUCUUGUAUGAAUUGCUACAGUAUGAAUCUUCACUUUAA